AUGUCACUCUGGAAAACAUACACCAACCUCACCCCCAAAACCAAACUCGCCUUCGGCGCCGGCCUGCUCGCCUGGGGCCUGCUGGGCCUCACGUUCGGCGACAAGGUGGAGUCGAAGCUGGGGUACACGCCGACCGAGGCCGACAAGGCCGAGCUGGAGAAGAUGACGCCCAAGAUCCACGUCGUGGAGAGGGGGAGGGGGUGA